AGCUGAGAGAAAAGGGGACGAAGCAGACCGAGGCUGGGCAUGGAAGAUGUGCAAGCAUGAAGUAAAGGGGAGCUGGGCCAAGCAGACGAGCCACCGCAGCAGCUCUAUCCUUUCCCUGGGCGCGCCUGAAUUACCAGUGGGCAUCUGUGGGCUCAGGGAGGCGAGAAGGGGAGCAGGGCAUGGAGAAGACCUGCCGUGUGCGCAUGGGAUGGCGAGGAGGUGCCACAAAAAGUACAGGGCCGCCCUGAAGAAGGAGAAACGAAAGAAACGGCGACGGGAACUCGCUCGACUGAGAGACUCUGGACUCUCACAGAAGGAAGAGGAAGAGGAGGCAGUGGCAGAUGCUUUGACUGAAGAACAAGAAGAAGAAGAGAGGCUGUUGGAGAGAGAGAGGCAAAAAUUACAUGAGGAAUGGUUGCUGCGGGAGCAGAAGGCACAAGAAGAAUUCAGAAUAAAGAAGGAAAAGGAAGAAGCAGCUAGAAAACGGCAGGAGGAACAAGAGAGAAAGUUAAAGGAAGAAUGGGAAGAACAGCAGAGAAAAGAGAGAGAAGAGGAGCAGCAGAAGCUACAGGAGAAGAAAGAAAGAGAGGAAGCUGUGCAGAAGAUGCUGGAGCAGGCUGAAAAUGAGUUGGAAAAUGGUGCCACAUGGCAAAACCCAGAACCACCCACGGAAUUAAGAGUAAUGGAGAAAGAUCGAGCUAAUUGUCCAUUCUACAGUAAAACGGGAGCGUGCAGAUUUGGAGAUCGGUGUUCACGUAAACACAAUUUCCCGACAUCGAGUCCCACCCUUCUUAUUAAAAGCAUGUUUACAACGUUUGGGAUGGAGCAGUGCAGAAGGGACGACUAUGACCCUGAUGCAAGCCUGGAGUACAGCGAAGAGGAAACCUACCAGCAGUUCUUGGACUUUUAUGACGAUGUGCUCCCUGAGUUCAAGAACGUGGGAAAAGUGAUCCAGUUUAAGGUCAGCUGCAACUUGGAACCUCAUCUGAGGGGCAAUGUGUAUGUUCAAUAUCAAUCGGAAGAAGAAUGCCAAGCAGCCCUUUCUCUGUUUAAUGGACGGUGGUACGCAGGACGACAGCUUCAGUGUGAAUUCUGCCCAGUGACCCGAUGGAAAAUGGCAAUUUGUGGUUUAUUUGAAAUACAGCAGUGUCCCAGAGGGAAACACUGCAACUUCCUUCACGUGUUCAGAAAUCCCAACAAUGAGUUUUGGGAAGCGAAUCGAGACAUCUACCUAUCUCCAGAUCGGACUGGCUCCUCCUUUGGGAAGAGCUCAGAGAGGAGGGCGAGGCACGACUACUACAGCAGCAGGAGGAGGAGGAGGAGGAGGAGGAGCCCUGGGCUGGCCCACUCCUACAAGAGGAACGGGGAGGCCGACCGGAAGAGGAGGAGUAGUCACGGGGCCAAGAAAUCUCACAAACACAGGUCCAGAAGCCGGGGAAGGCACAGUUCCCGAAGCAGAGGAAGAAAAAGGGACCGCUUCCAUGGUCGGGGCAGCCGGAGCCACAGCCGCAGGAGCCGCAGCCAGAGCUCCUCCAAGUCCAGGAGCCGUGGCGGGAGGAGGUCAGGGAGCAGAGACUGAACUCUUCAGAGCCCCAAAUCCAAAUAAACUUACUGUGUUUUUCA